AUGGCAAUAAAUAGUUUCGCUAUUCCUAUUCUGACGUAUAGUUUCGGCAUAAUAUUCUGGACAAAAGCCGAAUUAAAUAAAUUAGGUAGAGUAACUAGAAAAUUGCUGACAUUAUAUGGAAUGUUGCAUCCUAAAGCUGAUAAAUGGUGGAAAAGGGCUUUUGGAGGUACAAUCAAUUUACAAAAAGAAGCAAUCACUGGAGAUCAAAACAUGUAUCUGACAAAUGAAGAUAAUAACAAUCUAAAUAAUGUAGAUAAAUUGAAGAUAAAAUUAAAAAAACUAAGAAAAGAACAAAUUUGCAAUAAACCGUUACAUGGACAAUACUUUAAGGAACUGGAAAAACCAGGGAAGAAAUUCAGAAAAUUGCUCUACUCGGAACUGCUCAUAUCCUUAGAAAGUUUCUUGGAUGAUCUUCUCUGGACUCGGAUGGGCCCUGAAAUCAUCUGCAAACCGGCUUAG